GAUGAGGUCAUUGCGAAAUAUGGGCGCAUCGAUGUCCUGAUUAACAAUCCAGCCGUGCAGUACGAAACAUAUUCUUUAGAAGAUAUAACGGAGGAUAGGCUUGAAAGGGUGUUCAGGACCAACAUUUUCUCUUAUUUCUUCAUGACAAGGCAUGCUAUCAAGCACAUGAACCAAGGAAGCAGCAUCAUAAACACCGCAUCAGUAGCAGCGUAUACCGGAAGCCCAAAGUUUCUUGACUAUGGAUCAACGAAGGGAGCCGUCGUGUCUUUCACAAGGGGUCUAUCACAGAAGCUAGUCGACAAGGGGAUUCGAGUCAAUGGUGUCGCACCUGGCCCUGUGUGGACGCCGUUGGAAGUUGCAGCACUAGAUGAUGAGGAUAUAGUAAAAUUUGGGUCAGAGGUGCCCAUGGAUAGGGCUGCUCAGCCUUGCGAGAUUGCUCCAUCGUAUGUGUUCCUUGCAUCCGAGGACUCUUCCUACUAUACUGGCCAAGUUCUUCAUCCUAAUGGUAUUAUUCUACACAC